AAUCCAACCCAACCCACCCAACCCAGCCCACUCUUGCUUCCCGGCAGCGGCGGCGGCGGCGGCAGGAGGCGCCGGCCCGGCCCGGCCCGGCCCGGUCCUCCUCACCCUUGACAGACCGAGGCUGGCUUAGAAGGUGCUUCCCUUUCCCAAAAAAAAUGGGGACUGACAGUGAAAACCCAGUCCUGAGGAAUGUGCUCAUCAGCUUCAACUUGCUUCUGCUGGGCACUAUCCUCAAGCCUUAUGAGUGCCGGCUGGAGGUGACAACAGAACCAUCUGGGAGGCCAGCAGUGGAUGAGGAGGGUGGCCUUGCCAACUGCAGCCCACCCAUCAAAGAGCAGCCAAUGGUCUUCCACCACAUCUACAACAUCAACAUCCCCCUGGACAGCUGCUGCUCAUCCAUGUUCAAGUCUUCGGGUGAGGAGGUGAGUUCAGAAGACGACCGGCUGGCAGAGUACGCGGAGCAGACCUCCGACAGCGAGAGCCAGGUCACCUUCACCCACAAGAUAAACUUACCCAAGCAGGCCUGCAAGUGCUCCACCUCCCUCCCAUCCCUACAGGAGCUGCUGAGCAGGAUUGAGAUGCUGGAGAGGGAGGUCUCCAUGCUCCGGGACCAAUGCAACUCCAAUUGCUGCCAAGAAAAUGCAGCCACAGGGCAGCUGGAUUACAUCCCGCAGUGCAGCGGCCAUGGGAACUUCAGCCUGGAGUCGUGCAGCUGCGUGUGCAUGGAGGGCUGGGCCGGCAGCAACUGCUCCGAGCCCUUGUGUCCGCGGGGCUGCUCCAGCCGCGGUGUCUGCAUGGAGGGACAGUGCAUCUGCGACAACGACUACGGGGGCGAGGACUGCUCCCAGCUGCGCUGCCCGGCCGGCUGCGGCUCCCGCGGGCUCUGCGUGGACGGCGAAUGCAUCUGCGAGGAGGGCUUCACCGGCGAGGACUGCUCCGAGCUGCGCUGCCCCCGCGACUGCUCGGGCAAGGGACACUGCGUCAACGGCACCUGCGUCUGCCGGGAGGGCUUUGCCGGGGAGGACUGCGGCUGGCUGCACUGCCCCAAUGCCUGCUCCGGCAGGGGCAUCUGCCAGGACGGCCUCUGCGUCUGUGAGGAAGGCUACGAAGGGCAGGACUGCUCGGCAGUGGCUCCUCCUGAAAACCUGCGAGUGACAGGGAUUGGCGACGACUCCAUUGAGCUGACAUGGGACAACCCAGGGGCAGCCACUGAGUAUGUGGUCUCAUACCAGCCAGCAGUGCCAGGGGGCACCCAGCUCCAGCAGCGGGUGCCCGGGGACUGGAGCAGCAUCACCAUCAUGGAGCUGGAGCCAGGUGUUGCCUACAAUAUCAGCAUCUACGCAGUCAUCAGCGAUGUCUUGAGCAUGCCUGUCACCUCCAAAGUGAUGACCAACAUUGCCACCCCACAAGGGCUGAAGUUCAAAACCAUCACAGAGACGACAGUGGAGGUGCAGUGGGAGCCCUUCUCCUUUCCCUUCGAUGGCUGGGAGAUCAGCUUCAUCCCCAAGAAUAACGAGGGUGGUGUGAUUGCCCAGCUCCCCAGCACCGUCACCACCUUCAAUCAGACAGGUCUGAAGCCAGGGGAAGAGUACACCGUCACCGUAGUGGCCCUGAAGGAACAAGCCAGGAGCCCUCCCACCUCUGACAGCGUCUCAACUCUCAUCGACGGCCCGACGCAGAUCCUGGUGCGGGACGUCUCAGACACGGUGGCCUUCGUGGAGUGGACGCCGCCGCGCGCCAAGGUGGACGCCAUCCUGCUGAAGUACGGGCUGGCGGAUGGCGAAGGGGGCAGCACCACCUUCCGCCUGCAGCCCCCCCUCAGCCAGUACUCCCUGCAGGCCCUGCGCCCCGGCGCCCGCUACCACCUCGCUGUCAGCGCCCUCAGGGGUGCCAACGAGAGCCGGCCGGCCCUCGCCCAGUUCACCACAGAGAUUGAUGCCCCCAAGAACCUCCGGGUGGGCUCGCGGACAUCCGCCAGCCUUGAGCUCGCCUGGGACAACAGCGAGGCUGAGGUGCAGAGCUACAGGGUGGUCUACAGCACCCUGGCCGGGGAGCACUACCAUGAAGUCCUGGUGCCACGUGAGACUGGUCCCACCACCCGGGCUACCCUCGAAGAUCUGGUGCCGGGGACAGAGUAUGGCAUUGGGAUCUCAGCCGUGAUGGACAGCCAGCAGAGUGUGCCAGCAACCAUGAAUGCCAGGACUGAGCUUGACAGCCCUCGGGAUCUCCUGGUGACAGCCUCCACAGAGACAUCCAUCUCACUGGCCUGGACCAAAGCCUCAGGACCCAUCGAUCACUACCGUGUCACCUUCACCCCUGCCUCAGGGAUGGCCUCCGAAGUGACAGUGCCCAGCAAUGAGUCACAGCUCACCCUCUCAGAGCUGGAGCCUGGGACAGAGUACACCAUCUCCAUCAUUGCCGAGAGGGGACGCCAGCAGAGCCUGGAGGCCACCGUGGAUGCCUUCACAGGGGUCCGGCCCAUCACACAGCUCCACUUCUCCCAGCUGACAUCCUCCAGUGUGAACAUCACAUGGAGUGACCCAUCCCCACCAGCAGAUCGCCUCAUCCUCUCCUACAGCCCCCGGGAUGAGGAGGCCCAGCAGGUCACACUCGAUGGCAGCCGCAGGCACGCCAGCCUGACGGGCUUGCGGCCAUCCACCGAGUACCUGGUGUCACUGGUGGCUGUGCACGGUGCCAUCAGCUCCGAGCCCGUUGUGGGCUCCAUCACAACAGGGAUUGAUGCGCCAAAGGACCUCAGGGUGGGCAACAUCACCCAGGAGUCCAUGACGGUGUACUGGAGCCCUCCCAUCGCUGCCUUUGACCACUACAGAAUCUCUUACCGCUCUGCUGAAGGGAGGAUAGACAGCACUGCCAUCGCCAGCGAUGUCACCGAGUACCCCCUCCUCCACCUGGAGCCUGCCACCAAGUAUGAGAUUGCAAUGAAGAGCGUGCGGGGCCGGGAAGAGAGUGAGGUGACCUCCAUCACCGUGCACACAGCCAUGGAUGCCCCCCUGGGGGUCACAGCCACCAAUAUCACCCCCACAGAGGUACUGCUGCAGUGGAACCCACCACUGUCAGACGUGGAGAGCUAUGUCCUUGUCCUCACCCGCCGUGCAGUUGCAGGAGAAACCAUUCUUGUGGAUGGAGUCAGCCAGGAGUACCAGCUGACCAACCUCCUGCCCAGCACCAUGUACACAGUCUCCAUGUAUGCCACCAAUGGGCCUCUCACCAGCCAGACCAUCAGCACCAACUUCACAACUCUUUUGGAUCCUCCCACAAAUCUGACUGCCAGUGAAGUCACUCGACGGAGUGCCCUGCUUUCCUGGGUGCCUCCCCUGGGAGAGAUGGAGAACUACAUCAUGACCUACAGAACCAGCGAUGGCAGCUGGAAGGAGCUGAUAGUGGAUGCUGAGGACACUUGGAUCCGGCUGGAGGGGCUUUCUGAGACUACAGAGUACACUGUGCGCCUGCAAGCUGCCCAGAACACCAUGAGGAGUGGCUUCAUCUCCACCACCUUCACCACAGGUGGUCGUGUCUUUGCUAACCCUCAGGACUGUGCCCAGCACCUGAUGAAUGGAGACACAUUGAGUGGCGUCUACACCAUCUCCAUCAACGGGGACCUGAGCCAGCGGGUGCAGGUCUACUGUGACAUGACCACUGAUGGAGGUGGCUGGAUUGUCUUCCAGAGGCGGCAGAACGGGCUGACUGAUUUCUUCCGGAAAUGGGCAGAUUACCGAGUUGGCUUUGGAAACUUGGAGGAUGAGUUUUGGCUGGGCUUGGACAACAUCCACAAGAUCACAUCCCAGGGACGCUACGAGUUGAGAAUAGACAUGAGGGACGGCCAGGAAGCAGCGUACGCCUACUACGACAAGUUCUCCAUCGGCGACUCCCGCAGCCUGUACAAGCUACGAAUCGGGGACUACAAUGGCACUUCAGGGGAUUCUCUCACCUACCACCAGGGCCGCCCCUUCUCCACCAAGGACAGGGACAACGACGUCGCUGUGACCAACUGUGCCAUGUCCUACAAAGGGGCCUGGUGGUACAAGAACUGCCACCGCACCAACCUCAACGGCAAGUACGGAGAGUCCCGGCACAGUCAGGGGAUCAACUGGUACCAUUGGAAAGGCCACGAGUUCUCCAUCCCCUUUGUGGAAAUGAAGAUGCGACCUUACAACCACCGUAACAUCUCUGGGAGGAAGCGACGGUCCCUACAGCUCUGAGCCAGCUGAAUUCCCUCCCACCUCCCACCACCUGACCUUUUCUGUCAUUUGUUUGUAUUUUAUAAUAUGAAAAGGGGGGGAAAAAAAUUACUACUUGUCUGAGAUAGCAACCUGCCCCUCAUGAGUGCUGGAGGGAACCACGGCACAAGCAAAGCCGUGGGGAAUGAAAGAUCUCAUUGCUUUGCAUCUGUCCCACAGCAAUACCAAAUUUCCAGUCUCCCUACCCCAAUACUCUGGCCCCUCAAUAUGAGAAGAGAGACAGACAGACAGAUUUUUGAUAUUUUUUUAAAGGACUUGGCAAUCCCCAGCAAACCCUUUUAGAACCAUUUGUCAUGGGGCUUGUGGCAGAAACCUUCCCCACAGGGACCUUGGUGUGGCCAUUUUCACCUCAGUCACAGACAGAGGCACCUUUUCUCCCUGGCAUGGAGGUCCAACUUCAUGCCAUCCUGUAGACACCAACUCCUCCAGCAGACAGAGGCACAUCUCUCCUGCCCAAGGGCACACAUCCUGGUCACCCCUCCCUUAUGUGCAGGCACUGUACACAUGGAGAUAAAGUGAGAAUGAGCAAACACAAGGCUCACCCCAUCCCUGGUAUUCACAGAUCACACCAGGAGGACUUGGUGAAUAUCUGCAUGUGUAGGCAAACUCUAGAGAACCCACAGCUUACAUGUUGGCCCCACCAUAGUCAAAGACAUCCUUGAGUACGUGGAGUGCAGGAGAACAAGAGCUGCUCCAUCAGCCCCAGUCUGCAUCAUCCACUUCUCUGAGCUGAACUCAUCCCACUUCUGGGUUAUGCUGAGCUUCAUAGAAAAGGGAUUCAAAUUAGAUGAGUUGGGAGAAAAAUCAUUACUUGUGGUCUUGAAGACUAGGACCUGUUUCCUCUGCUACUUCUAUAUGCUACCACAUUGUCUCUGACAGAGGUCAUUGGUCCCAACCAAAGAAUCUCAGAGAAAGGCCAGCAACCAGAAGCGGUGUAACAUGACAGCCAACACAGCCUGCACAGCCCAGGUGCUCUUCUUCAGGGACUUCCAACGCACACAGGGAAGGAUGAUGAUGCAGCCAAGGGAAGACAAGUGCAAUCUGAGAAAUGCCUGCUCCCUUUCUCCUCCUAAACCAUCCCUCUUCACUGCCAUCACAAGAGGGACUCAGAUCUCAGUGCCUUGGUAUCACCAUCUCCCUAAUGGGAAAUAACUGUUUCCCCUCCUGGAAUGAAGGCUUAGUCCAUUCAGAUUUUGGAGUACUUCAAGACUCUUGGAAGAAUAAAUGAGUUUACUCUUCCUGAUCUUAACUUCUCCCAUUUUAAGGAUGAUGGACCCUUCAGAUAUCUCUGGAUGCUUUCUGCUGUCAUUGACACCACAUCCACAUAGCCCAAAUGACCACUGUACUGGAGUCACUAUUCUGCCAAGGGUUCUGAUCAAUGCUGGGCAUUAUCACUGGCCUGGUCUCAAAGAAGGGACCUGUCUCCAGAUCUGAGGACAAUGCAGCUCAUCACUGGGGUUGCAGCCAAGGGAGCAUUACAAAUGCUAAUCUUUCUGAUUUUAACACACUGAAGCUGCUUUGUCUGAAGAAACAGCUUCCAGAUGGCAACAUAAAGGCAUCUUUGCAAUAGCUUAUAAUUCAGGCCCAGUGUCUCUAGCAUGGUCAUGCUUCUGGAUGUUCUGAUGUUACUCAUCAUGGCUGCAGAGAUGAAGAAGGGCAUUAAGCAGAAGAGCAGCCUCCUUCUCCAUUCCACAUACUGGUACAUGAAAUCAUAGCCAACCCCAAGGUCAAAUUAGAUGCAGGGUCCAGCCCUUCAAGUGGUCAUUUAACAAGCUGCAGUUCAACCUGGAAUAAGGGUGCUGUAGCUCAGCAAUAUCUCCUAUGUGAACAAGGCAUCUCUUCUUAAUUCCCAUCAGCAUCAAACCAGUCAAGUCAACCAGUUGAGGAGUAAGUCAGAGAGGAUGCAAAUGAUGUGAUCUCCUGCAGGACAUGGUCAGUCACAGAUGACAGCAUGUCAUGCCUUCCAAGCAACCUGCCCUGGUUUAGGUCCUAAAAGCCAACAAGAAACAGCUGACAGGACUGAUUAAAAGCUAAGAAACCUCCUUGUAGUUCACCAGAUUAAUAUUUUUUCCCAACAUCAUCAAGAGUUUAUAUUCAGGAAGUGUCCUAAAGCUCAGUGGUUACAACUAGGAGCAGGGGUUGGCAGUGGAUAGCAUUCAUUGCCUGUCUGGGAUGGUGCUGUUUGCUUCUCUACCCAGGUGGAAGGAAGAGACACCAGUAGAAUCACGGGAGCUCAUCAUUCACAAUCAGGUGGAAGACAAGAAACCUCUUUUCAAAGGUACCAGUCAAACAGAAAAUUAAAUGCUGAGCUUUCCCAGGAGGUUCAGAGGAAGAUCCUCAAAAAGGGUGACUAUAUCUAAAUAGAUCUCCCUGCUUAUGACUGUCAUCCCUCCUAUCAGUCCUGCAACCAGGAUGAAAGGGCCCAGUUGACACAACUCUAUCAUCAGGUCUGAAGGACACCCUUGGAGAUAAUAUCUGACCUUCCAGUGCUUCUAUACACCAAUGCUGAUCCUUGUUCUCAAAUAUCGUGACAGGGUGUCGCCUUUCCAUCACCUUGGUGAAGUGCAGUUGUUAAAAUCUUUUAAAGGAAAGGUAUCUACAUGUGGGGGAUUUAUUCUUCUAGUGAUAAUCUAACCCAAGCCUAGGCAAACAACCAGCAAUGACAACCCGGUCACAUUUGGGCCAUUUUCCCUUGUUCACAUUGUCCAACUACAGAACACAAUUUUCCAGUAGUUUGUUUUUCAUCAUUGCCUGAUGAAUUUUUCUGGAUAAAGCUCCUGACAGCAGUUUCAAGCAAAUCUGUGCUGCAUGUUGAUGCUACAGAACAGUCAGGUAGUUAAGCUCAGUCUCUCUUUACCUUCCAGCAGAGGUUGGGCAAGUCUUUUUUUUCCUGAAUUCAUUCUCCAACCAGAGCAAGUUUGUCCCUGUCCCCCAUCAGUAUAGCAUUGAGACUGAACAAAGUCUUGGCAACAGGCCUGAAAUUCCCAGAAACCCAGCCUGGAUCCUGUGCACUGCUCAUCUCAAAAGACCAUCACUGGGCUCUGGAGGCUCUUCUGCCAUCUGGCUUAUGUGGCCCAGACUUUCCCCAGACCCCAAAAUGAACUCAAAGCUGUUACCUAAACCACACUAUCCACUGUGAGAUGCCAGCUCUCAUAACAUCAAGCAAGUAGAAGCACAUCAGGUCCUUCACCCAGAAAAACACUCUGAGUGCCCAGGACACCCACAACCUUUCAAAGCCACCUUUCAUGUUCAACCUCAAAAUCCUGGAAGAAAACACCGCGGGACUUUCUCAUCUCUCACUCAAUUUUGAUUUCCCUCUGUCUUCACUGCUAUCAAACCUCCAAGCCCACCUCUCCACCACACACUGCAGUAAAACAUAACCAAAGGGAAAAAACUGCCUGAGAGGAAAAGCUGCUUUUAGAAAUGUGAUGCUAAAGACAGCAUUGAGAAAUGAAUCAUUUGUUGAAGGAAAAGAAAGAGGACAGGCCUUCCCCAAAGGGUUUUUGGCAGAGGAUGCUGGAAGAGUGUCAGAACCACACAAAGGCUGGGAAGAAGCCUUUGCUUCUACUCCUUACCUUGAUAUUACUUUAGCAUGGGUAUCUCAAAGCAUUCCACAAGCCUAAUGUCCUCUUGCCCCAACCUCUUACCUCCUUCCCAACACGAUGCUUACCCAAAAUGAAGCAUUGCGGUGUGGAAGGUAAAACUCAUACCACCUGUGUCCCCAUGCUGGGGUGACCCUGUGCUCAGAGCAGGCUUAAAGUGAUCUGCCAAAAUACAGCAUGAGUCCAAACACCCACCUGGUGCCAGCACAUGCCUUUCAUCCAGACUCAAA